CCCCCAACAGGUACAUGUGGGAGUGGCCCUUGUGUUCAAACUCAGAAGUUCACUGAAUUUGCUCAGAAAUUCAUACUGGUCCAAAGGAAACAUCAGGUGGACCCUGCUGAGACCAGAAAGCUCCUGCCUGUCACGCUGCUCUGGAAAAGGCCCCACUAUGUUGUUCUACAUCAUGGUUGUCCUGUGUGUCUCGUCCUCUUUGGCUGAUGAAUAUGAGAAUUUGGAGCACAACCCCCACCCCUGCAUGAAAUCAAAGAAGAAACAUGCUUGUGAACGCUUCUUGUUUAAGCAUGUAAACGAAGAUGCUCCAACAACUCUGGACCAAAACCAGUGGCAGAAUUUUAUCCGCAAUGUCAUCCAGACAUGUGACCGACCGGUCCAGUCUUUCCUUCCCUUCGCUCAGAAACAACAAGUCCUCAGCGUGUGCUCUCCUUCUGGGGGUAAAAUACAGCGUGGUCAUCUGUGUGUUAGUAAAGCAGAGUUCAGCUUUACCACAGUGAAAGUGGACAACAACUGUAUUGUGACCAGUGUCAAACCAGAGAAGAAACACCUCAUCCUGGGCUGCGACAAGAUUAAGAACCAGUGCUGCCCGGUCCAUUUUCAGUCCAACCCAAAAAAUGUCGGCCCAGCUGACCAAAGCCCAGACUGCAGAGCACCAGCACUUCAGUAUCACAUGGAGUUUGGACUAAGUCUUCCAUCUCUCGGCCUUCUGGUCCUCAUACUGCUGUCUGCAGCUUUUAUCUGCUGCAAAUGCCUCUCAAAAAGCAAGAAGAGUGCAGAACACAAGGAAUGAGUGGAACAUCUUCCAGUGCAGUUUUGAGUUGUGUCAGAGGUCUUGGGGCACCUCCUGGUGGUGGAGGGUCUGAUUUGGCAUAUAUUUAGUAUUUCUUACACAAUACAAACAACCUGUGUAGCAAACAGGUCACUAAAACUUUUCCACAUAUUGCUGAAUACUAACAAGGUUUAUUUUUGAGAGAAGCUUAACAUGAAGCUACACUAUGUAAGUUUUGGGGAUUUGGAGCUCUCUCUGGCGGAAAUGUGUAAUUGCAUGCAACAUUUUUUAAUGUGGGUUGUGAUUCAGACCCCUUCCCCGAGCAGAUGAAUUUGAUGAUUGAAAGAGAAUUUAAAGAGAACUAGGUGAAGGACGCGUUUUCCGAGGAUGUGAGUGAAUUAUCUACUAUUAUUGUAUCUUAAUUGGUAUAGUAUUGAUUUUUGCAUUUGAGACCUAAACAUCGAGCCGGACCUGCUUUUUGAGCCUGCGCAUGUGACGUUAAGAUGUGUGAUGUGGUCUGAAAAAAUCCUGACCUGAAGCUUCUGGCUUUAAUGUGGCUGGAUAAUGCUGUUAGCUAGCUAGCUAGCUAGCCUCUCAACUAAAAAAGUCUAGCUACUUAGCUAACAACAUUAUUGCUAAAGUUCUAGAUUUUUUUUGCAUGUAAAGUUGAAUAGCUUUUAAAAAACAAGGUUAAUACUAAAUAAAAUGAGAAAUAACAGUACCGUUUCAAGUUUAAAUUGGGAAAAGAAGAUGCUCAUGCGAGGGCACUAAAAUUCUCAUUUAUUCAAGGACCCCCCCAAGGUCCAUUUUGUUUCCUUUAAGGGGAUUUUCUUCUGCUCUUCCAGGACCUCCCUCAGUGCCCAAAUUGUGGCUUAAUACAAGAUAUUCACCCUUGUUAUGAUAUUUUAUGCUGGCUUUACAUGCUAAAACAUUCACUCAACUUUAGUUGCUUGAAACUUGCAUGAAACUAUUGUACACCUCCAUUUUGUUAUGUAUAGGCUCCUGUAAUUCAAUAUGUUUGAAACUCAACUGCAACCAUCUUAACUCUGCAAAACAGGUUUCAUGAAACAGCCAAUCAAAACAGAGGUAAUGUCAAACAUUAUAAUAUCAACUGAGUGAUUUUAGUCAACACAUUAUGGACAAAAAAA